AUGGCCCCGAAAGCCUACAGUAAGACCGGCCUGACAGUCUUCCUGUCCGGCUCAAUCGACACCCCACCCACAACAUGGCAAAAGACAAUGACAGCUUCGCUCUCCCAUCUGGACGUCACACUCCUCAAUCCUCAUCGCCCAGACUGGGAUUCAACAUGGAAAGAAGACCCGUCGUUCAAGCCGUGGGCUGAGCAGGUGAAGUGGGAGCUGGAUGGGAUGGAGGCUGCUGAUAUUAUGGCCGUGUAUUUUGGACCGAGGACGCCUGCGCCGAUCACGUUGAUGGAAUUAGGGUUGUGGGCUAGGAGUGGGAAGUGUGUCGUUGGUUGUUCGGAACAUUAUCCAAAGAAGGGGAAUGUGUGGGUUGUUUGUGAAAGGUAUGGGAUUGAGUGCGUUGGGGGUGUGGGAGAGUUGAUUGAAGGCGUGAAAAGGAAGCUUGCUGGGUUGCCGUCGAAGGCUGAGCGAAGCGAGUGUGGAUUGUUCCAGGGAGUUUAG